ACAUGGUUAAGUAUCACCCUGCCAUGAACAGGUGCAGGCGUCGAUGGCGCAACUGUAUCUUUUGUCAAGUCGCUCUCCGGCCGGUACGAUAAAAUGUUUCAUUCGGACCGCAGUAAACUAAAAUUAAACUCGAGCUAACUCAAUGUCCCUAGUAUUUACACUGCCACCGUGAUGCACUUGCAGCUCAAUAGCUAAGAAGACCCAUGAUGUGUGUGAAAGAGAUUUUUGACCUCUAAAUGGAGUACUCCACUGGCGAUGUCGCAGCAGCAAGGAGUUUGCAGUUCGCCACGUACAUAUAUACGUCGACGGCUACAUUCUGGACCUAUGAUUAUGUUUGUUCACUUCAUGAAGAGUGGACGUUUUUGCUUCGAUCGAACUGGAGCAAGAUGAAAGGCUUGUAUAUUGUUACAAGAUACCUUCCCUUUGUCGUUCUCAUCACAGAUCUAUAUAUGAGCUUUACCCCGAAUGGGAACCCAAGUAAAUGCAGGAUGUUGGUCAAUAUUAGCUCAGGGUUUGAAAUGAUAUUAGCCAUUUUCUCCGCGUUUUUUUUCAUUCUCAGAACAUAUGCGCUCUGGAACAAAAAUAGAAUCUUGCUCGCAACCCUCUUGGGCAUUUUUUUCGUGACAUCCGUCAGCAUUAUCGUCGACACUGCUGUUUCUGCAACAUAUGCGACUAGCCCGAUCCCAGGCAUCACAGGGUGCUACCAGAGUUCAGCCAGUAACCAGAUUUUUAUCCCAUUCCUUCUCUUUUCUGUGUUCGGACUGGGACUCAUGAUCCUCACGCUCAUACGUUCCAUACAGAGCUGGAGGACAAACUCAAAUCGUCUGUAUGUUGUCCUGGUGAACCAUAACAUAUUCUAUUAUGCUUGCGCUUUCUUAUUCUCGACAAUGAACAUCUUCACAUCGCUGCUCCUCCAGGACACGUACCGGACCGUUUUGAAUAGUUUCCAGUUCCUGACCCUUGCGAUUGUUGCUGCACGCAUGCACAUCCAUCUCUGGCAGACAGGUCAACAUCUACGCGGCUCGAGCGGCUUGGUUCAUAUUCCAUUGACCGACAUGUCAUCUGUGAAUGUCACGGCGUGAUGUCUUAUCCUGCGGUUUAUUCAGUAUCUUUCAUGGAGCGAGGCUUGAACCAUACGAGAUGAUGGGUAGGGGUUUGGUAGAGUUCGUUACGUGUUUGAUUUACAGGAUGAGUCUGUCGCGGGGCGGGUGGAACAUUUGGAUGUCCUUGGUCCAU